UGUUCUUCCAGCCUUCUGUCUGUCUACAGUGAAGAGCUGGGACAAGUCUGAUUAAUAUUGGAUCAAGUUAUGGGCAGGUGUAUAGCUGCUGAAACCAGGUCACGUGCGCCUGUGCAGCUCGGCCUUUUCUACGAGACUCUCUGCCCAGACUGCCGUAAUUUCAUGAGCAACCAACUCUGUCCAACUUGGUUCAGACUGGAAGGAGCUAUGAAUAUCUUGCUGAUUCCAUUUGGCAAUGCCAAGGAGAUUCAAGAUGGCCAGAAUUGGCGGUUCCACUGUCAACAUGGAGAGGGUGAGUGCCAAGGGAACACCAUCCAGGCAUGCAUGAUUCAUUACCUUAAGAAUGCUACAAGUUAUAUGCCAGUAAUUUGUUGCAUGGAAUCUGCCUCUUCACCUCUCACUGAUGCCCAGAGUUGUUUACAAGUACAUGCACCAACAGUGCUUUGGGAUACCAUUAUAAACUGUGUGAACGGCAGUAAGGGAAAUGAAUUGAUGCAUCAAAAUGCUCAAAUGACAAAUGAAUUGGAGCCAUCACAUAAUUAUGUCCCAUGGAUCUUGAUCAAUGGGGAACACUCAGAGGAGCUCCAGUAUCAUGCUGAGAAUGAUCUGUUCGGUCUGGUGUGCAACACAUACAUAGGUGAUGGCAUCUGUGACCUGAGUGAGGACAUCUGAACAGAACGUUCAAAAACAGAAAUAUUGCUGCAUGGUUAUAUAGGAUAAGGGCAAUAAAGACUGUUCUAUAGGUACAUUUUAUGAUGGUUCUUAA